GCUCGCGAGUAUGAGAUCGCGACCGGCGGAGGGUUCGAUGACGGGCCUGGAUUGUGGAUUCAGCCAACGAUUAUCGACCGACCUCCAGACGACGCAAACGUCGUUCGUAAGGAACAAUUCGGGCCGCUUAAGCCUAUUAUAGAAUGGGAGACUGAAGACGAGGUUAUCAAGCGUGUGAAACCAUGUCGGGACUCGGAAGUUGCGUCUGGUCUGCGGACCUCGGCUCAUGCGGAGUGCAUAGGCCGCCGGCUUGAAACCGGCUUUGUAUGGAUAAACAGCUUUGAAAAGCCGCUGCCUAUUGCAUAUUUUUCUGGUCACAGGGAGAGCGGAAUUGGCGGCGAAUGGGGCAAACAAGGUUUACUUUCAUAUUGA